AUGUCUUUCCUUUUUGGGAGGAAUAGGGCGCGUCCCAGCACUGUCGACCUACCCAAGCAAGCUAGAGAUUAUGUCACCAAGUUGGAUGGACCUGCUGGGCCAGCAAAGGCAGAAGAAUUGGCAAAGGUACUUGCGCAGAUGAAGCAAACAUUACAAGGUACACAUGAGACGGAGGCUACUCCCGAACAGGUUUUCCAGCUUGUCACCGGCAUCAUUGAGGAGGACUUGCUCUACUAUCUCGCAGUCAACCUAUGGCGACUUCCCUUCGAGGCGCGAAAGGACACCCAAGUCGUCCUCAGCGCGGUCUUCCGGUUCCGACCCUCCACUGCUUCCACCAAAUCCGACCCCGUUGCCCUUAGCUGGGUGGUCAACAACCGACCACAAGUUCUGAUCGAGCUCUGCAAGGCAUACGACCACAAGGAGAGUGCCACACCUGCCGGCUCGGUCCUACGCGAAAUUCUGAAGAACGAGGCGGCAACGGCUGUAAUUUUGUACGAUGAUGGGGAAGAGCAGGGUUCGAGCUCCAAGGGCAUCAGCAGCAUUGACCAGGAUAGGCCACAAUCCGGUAAUGGCGUGUUCUGGCGUUUCUUCGACUGGAUUGACAAGAGCUCGUUCGAGGUUGCCGCAGAUGCCUUCACCACGUUCAGGGAACUCCUGACGAAACACAAAGAGGUUGUCCCCAGGUACCUCGCCGUCAACUUCGACAUGUUCUUUGACAAGUAUAACCACGUGCUGGUUCAGUCCAACAGCUAUGUCACGAAACGCCAGUCGAUCAAGCUUCUAGGCGAGCUGCUGCUCGACAGGUCCAAUUAUAAUAUCAUGACGGCAUAUGUGGACAGCGGCGAGCAUCUCAAAAUCUGUAUGAACCUUCUCCGGGACGACCGGAAGAUGGUGCAGUACGAAGGCUUCCACGUAUUCAAGGUCUUUGUGGCCAAUCCCCACAAGUCCGUACCCGUGCAGAAGAUACUGUUGAUGAACCGCGAGAAGCUCCUCACAUUCCUGUCGCACUUUCUGGAGGACAGGACGGAUGACGAGCAGUUCAUUGAUGAGAAGGAGUUUCUCAUCAAGCAGAUACGGAAUAUGCCCCCAGCGCCCGUGCCUCCCCAGAGAUAG